AUGACCGGCCCUCCAAACGACCCUGCCGUGAUUCAUGCGGACGACCACGUCCCAGAUAAUGAUGCCGAUUCUACCUACAGCGCGGCCACCAUUACCAGCGAUUCCACAUCUCUGUCUUCCAGCAUUCUAAGACACCGCAUGGAAAAUGGCCGUCAGUACCAUGCCUACAAGGAAGGGAAAUAUGUGCUCCCCAACGAUGAGGAUGAGAGUCUAAGGCUUGAGCUCCAACACCACAUGUACACGUUAACCUACAAUGGCGAACUGUUCGUAUGUCCCGCAAUCAAGGACAAGCCCGCUCCUCGCGUGCUCGACUGCGGCACGGGUACCGGCAUCUGGGCAAUGGAUUAUGCCGAUGAGAACCCCGAAGCAACGGUUAUUGGAAUCGAUCUGAGCCCAACCCAGCCCGCCUUUGUCCCCCGAAUGUGA